UUAUCACAAAAGUAUCGAAAGCAGCACGUCUCUAUCCCAUCUGAUUGCGAAAAAAACAUAUUUUUUUUGGUUUUCGCAGUAAAUUAGUUGGCAAUAAUGAAUAUGAUAAGCGGCAUAAAGCUGUACAUUGAGAAAAUGUGCACCGAGUCGGGGCCAGGCAUGAAAAUUAUCCUGCUGGACAAGGAAACGACAAGUAUAAUUUCGAUGGCCUUUAGCCAGUCGGACAUGCUGCAGCGGGAGGUCUACCUGUUCGAACGCCUGGACUCCGGAAGGUCCAACGAGCGAUUAAAGUACCUAAAAUGCAUCGUCUUCAUCCGGCCCACCAAGCAGAACAUUCAGCUUCUGGCAAAUGAGCUGCGGAACCCCAAAUAUAGCGCCUACUACAUUUAUUUCAGCAACAUCAUUCCCCGCACGGACAUCAAGUAUUUGGCCGAGUGCGAUGAAUCAGAGUCGGUGCGGGAGGUGAAGGAACUGUAUGCGGACUUCCUCUGUGUCAACCCCAAUUUGUUCUCCUUGAGUAUACCCAACUGCAUGGCGAAUCUUAAUUGGCUGCCUGAUGCACUGACCCGCAGCAUGCAGGGUAUCACAGCGGUGCUUCUGUCCCUGAAACUGAACCCAGUCAUUCGGUACCGUGCCGGUUCCCAGGCAGCUCAGCUCCUGGCCAAGCUUAUCUACGAGCAGAUCACUAAGGAGUCGUCUCUGUUCGACUUUCGGUCCAACAUGGACGGCGCUGCUCCACCACUGCUGCUCGUGCUGGACCGCCGAGAUGACCCUGUGACGCCGCUGCUGCAUCAGUGGACCUAUCAGGCCAUGGUCCAUGAGCUGUUGCACAUCAAGAACAACCGGCUGGACCUCUCCAAUCGACCCAACGUACCGAAGGACUUCAAAGAGCUGGUGUUAUCCGGCGAUCAGGAUGAGUUCUACGGUAACAACAUGUACGCCAACUAUGGCGAAAUUGGGUCAACCAUCAAGCAACUGAUGGAGGAGUUCCAGCGCAAGGCCAACGACCACAAGAAGGUUGAGAGCAUAGCGGACAUGAAGAACUUCAUCGAGUCGUAUCCGCAGUUCAAGAAGAUGUCUGGCACCGUGCAGAAGCAUCUGUGUGUGAUUGGCGAACUAUCGGGGCUCAGCAACAAGCGGAAUCUGUUUGAGGUUUCCGAGCUGGAGCAAGAAAUCGCCUGUAAGGCGGAGCACUCGGCCCAACUGCAGCGCAUCAAAAAACUGAUUGCGGACGAACGGGUAUCUGUCGAGGAUGCUCUCAAACUGGUGGCCUUAUACGCGCUGCGAUACGAGCGACACGCCAACUGCGACACAUCUGGACUGUUGCAGAUCAUCAAAACGCGCGGGGGACGGGCGGCUGUUGUUCCCUCUCUGAUCGAGUAUGCUGGAACCCAUGUGCGUCAGGGGGAUCUGUUUAACAUGGUGCGGAUCACAGAUGCCGUAAAGCUGACCCGCAAUCUGAUCAAGGGCCUCAAGGGCGUGGAGAAUGUCUUCACCCAACACACGCCACUACUGAAGGAAACUCUCGAGGACGUCUUCAAGGGUCGCGAACUGGACCCCCUCUUCCCGGCCAUUAAUUCGGAGCUUGUGCCAUUCCGGCGACCACCCCAGGAGGUGGUGGUCUUCAUCAUUGGAGGAGCCACCUACGAGGAGGCCUUGGCCGUGCACCAGCUGAACAACGCCGGAUAUAGGGUGAUCCUUGGCGGCACCACCAUCCAUAACUCCCAGACAUUUAUCCAAGAGGUCCUGGCCGCUACUAGUGGCAUCCAAUUUAAGCACACCAAAUCCAUGAUCAAGUACUGUUCCACGGAUAACAUUUAAAACGUCUUGACUAGCCACAAUUAUAUUGUUAACUAUUUAUUAACUACAUAUGUAUGUCCCUAAUACAUUUACUAAUCGAUCCUGCAAAAGCAAGACUUGAGGAAACCGUAUAAAGGAAUUUAUAAUUAAGCUAAUUCCAGGCAUUAUACCCAUUGGACUAUGUUACCCUUAAGCGUAUUCCAUGUAAUAUAUUUGUAAACAUA